UCGGAAGCGCACCGUGCGGAAUGGGCAGGCGCCGCCGGUCGCGCGUGCGCAGUACGGGGCGGUGCGGGGAAGAUGGUGCUGAUCAAGGAAUUCCGAGUGGUGUUGCCAUGUUCAGUGCAAGAGUAUCAAGUUGGUCAACUUUAUUCGGUGGCAGAAGCUAGCAAAAAUGAAACGGGAGGUGGUGAAGGAAUUCAAGUCUUAAUAAACGAGCCUUAUGAAAAAGAUGAUGAGAAGGGACAAUAUACUCACAAAAUCUAUCACUUAAAGAGUAAAGUUCCUGGUUUUGUAAGAAUGAUUGCUCCAGAAGGCUCCCUGGUGUUCCACGAGAAGGCCUGGAAUGCAUAUCCUUACUGUAGAACAAUUGUGACGAAUGAAUACAUGAAAGAUGAUUUCUUCAUAAAAAUCGAGACCUGGCACAAACCCGACCUGGGGACGUCAGAGAACGUGCACAAUUUAGAUCCCAACACGUGGAAGAGUGUUGAAGUUGUCCAUAUUGACAUUGCAGACAGAACUCAAGUAGAACCAGGAGACUACAAAGCUGAUGAAGACCCUGCAUUAUUCCAGUCAGUUAAGACCAAGAGAGGACCUUUGGGGCCAAACUGGAAGAAAGAGCUAGCAACUGAUGAAGAGUGCCCUAAAAUGUGUGCUUACAAGUUGGUGACGAUUAAAUUUAAAUGGUGGGGACUGCAGAACAAAGUGGAAAACCUUAUACAGAAGCAAGAAAAAAGGAUAUUUACCAACUUCCAUCGCCAGCUGUUCUGUUGGAUCGACAAGUGGAUCGAUCUGACUAUGGAGGACAUCAGGAGGAUGGAGGAUGAGACUCAGAAGGAGCUGGAAGCGUUACGUAAUCAAGGCCAAGUCAGAGGAACAAGUGCUGCCAACGAUGAAUGAUGAUGGAUUUAACCGUCACAUGCAGUGUCGCAUUACCAAUGUGUGUGUGGAUGCAUGAUUAUUUGUAUAUAAUUAUAUAUACGCACAUGCAUACUGAAGGGGGUUGUUACAGUGUCUCCAGGGUACUACUAUACCUGUCCUCAGCAAAGAUGCAAAGGAAACUGCUUUCAUUAUGUAUACCUGAAGCAAAUAAAAAUCAACUGAGUAGAGUCA